UACAAAUAGCUACUCCUGCGCUAGCUAGUCUGCAACAACUCGGCCCGGGUGGCGCGUGUCUCCUCUGAGAUUUUUGUACUCCGAAACCCUGGUAAUAGUAAGUACAUCUUUGUUGUCCAAAGCUGGUUCCAACUUCCAACAGCAGGUCCCACUACUACUACUCAUGGACGGGCAGCAGCGUUCGGCGGCGCUAACGUUGAUAGCCUCCGCCGUGCUGGCGUGCAACUCGGGGCUCGCCAUCUACAACUCCUGGGGCGACGCGGCCUCCGUGGCGUUCGUGCUCGUCGCCGACGCCACGCUCCUGCUGCUCUUUCUCUGCCUCCGCGAGCUCGAGCGCGCGGCCCGUGGCGGGGCGGCGGGCAGGGGCAGGAGCAGGAUCAAGGGAGCCGUGUGGGCGCUGUCCACGCUGCUCACGGCGAUGUUCGCGUCGAGGGUGGCGCCGCUCGUGGGCGCGGCUGUGUGGCUCAUGGCCGUCGCCACGGCCGCCGGGGGGUUCUGGGCCUUGUUCCUGAAUUGAACCUCCCUUGUUCGCAGUUAGAGCUCAGAAGCCGUAUGCAUCUGCCUCUGUAGGAAUAUCCUCUUUCUAUAGAUUCGAUUUGUUGUGAGCAAGCCAGCUAGCUACUGUGUGUUUGUGCAUAAGAA